GCUCUGUACAGUAUUAUCCAGUAUUUCUCUGUCACACUGCUCUACUCUAUCCUAAGCAAUUUAGGUGACUUCCAGUUUCUCUUCAUUGACCUGGCAAUCAUACUGGUUGUUGUGUUUACAAUGAGUUUAAACCCAGCCUGGAAAGAGUUGGUAGCACAAAGACCCCCAUCCGGUCUAAUAUCUGGGCCCCUUCUAUUUUCUGUCCUUUCCCAAAUAUUAAUUUGCUUGGCAUUCCAAACCAUGGCUUUUCUGCUUGUGAAACAGGAACCCUGGUACGAAGUCUGGACACCCAGCAGCAAUGUAUGCAAUGUCUCCUUAGAUGGUCAUGAAAAUCACACUGAGAUUGAUGAGCAUAACAUUAGAAACUAUGAGAAC